UCAUGAACGCAAGUGAAAUAUAAAAACGAUUCCGUUCAGCGGAUCUUGAGCCAUUAUCAGAGUGAAACUCGUUCGGUUGUGCAGUGUCGCUAAUCGUUAAUUUCAAGCGCUUUAGUAUUAUCGGCUCAGUUGAAAGUGGAUCACGUUAGGGAGCAGAUUUCAGUAAGCAAUCCAGAAUGAAGGCUAUAGUGGUUUUUGCAGUGUUGGCUUUCCUAGCUAUCUCGGUCCAGGCGAAAAAUGAAGCGGUCUGCUCGCAGCCCAAGGAAGUAGGACCAUGUCGGGCCCAGCAACCAUACUUCUUCUUCAACAGCGCAACCAAUCAAUGUGAACACUUCUUCUAUGGUGGAUGUCGCGGAAACGAUAAUCGGUUCGAGAACAAGGAAUUGUGUGAAAGUACCUGUUUGUGAAUCCUUUGAAUUGUACUCAUAAAUAAAGCCUAGUUUUAAGUUGAAAA